GGUUUGGAAGGUGAAAACAAGCAGCAGCGUCGCAGCAACCAAACAGCAGAGGAAACGGGCUCGCCGAUACAGGACGAUGAUGGUGGUGAUGAACUGAGUGAAACUGCGGAAGAACAUGAUGAGGGCAGUGAGCUGAGCGAAGGUGAAAUAGAUGAUCUGGAGGAGGGCGAACUGAAAUCGGACGAAGAGAGUGUCACGGGUUCAGUGCGAUCCGUGGAAAGAGCCUCGCAUCGCACAACGGUUCGCAUGAGUUCAACUAUCUCUAAUUUCCGUCGUUGCUUGUUACUGCACAGAGUUCAGCCAGCGCCUAAAACUACUGUUCGAUGA